UUUGUCGGGAAAGAGUUUCCCUGUGUAACUCUAGCCCAGACAGCGCAGAUAAAGCUUACGAAGGAGAGAUAGACAAGGUGAGAAACCAGGAAUUUCACUGGGAGCACAUGAGAAGCCAUGAGAGGACUGCACCACCUUCCCAGUCCUACACACCUGGCGCACAAGUCUCGAGCGCGCCGGAUGAGGAGGAUAGCGCUCCUCACAGCAGCCUCCGUCAGAUGAGCUGUGAGAAGGGAUAAGGGGACACAAAGCGGACUCCUUUGGGAAAUUUCCCAAUGUCACCUUGAAAAAAAUUCACAAUGGAAAAAACCUGUGAGUUGUUUACCCAUUGUCUGACCGAGGACUGUGGACCUGGAGACAGCCUCUCAGGUAACCUGAGCAUGUCUUUUCCUGAAUGGAACUAUGGAGACUCUGGAAAACCUGACACGCUGGACAAGUACAGGUGAAUCUGCUGGUCCCAUCCAGCAUUAAUCCAGAAGAAGGUAGAACACUGUUCCACAAUGACACAGGCAGGGCCACCGGCACAGACAGAUGGGGUCAUAGAGAGAGGAGCAUCAUCAGCUACAGAAUUACUCUGGUUUGUAAACGGAGAACUAUUGGAGGCGAUCAAGAAGAGUAAUGAAGACAAAAAGGGAGGCCAUUGUGUCUGUGCUGUCCAGAUAUGAUGAUGGUGAUGUUCCAGGGCUCACAAUGAGGACCAUCCUGAGUAUCAAGACUUCAUUUUAAUACCUCCUAGGAAACUGUUCUUGCCAAACGCAGACAGGAGGUCCGUUCAACAAGUAGCAAAUCAAAUAAGCCUUGGAAAAGAGCCAAGUCACAGUGAGAGUGGAUCCUCCCUCCAGAAGCUGGAGGGACCCGAAGGAUGUAAUUGUGUUGGGGGAGAGGUGGAAAGUUUGGUAUCCUGAACAAAAUCAUUGAUUCUUUCAGCAUCGGAACUGGAUGGGCCUGGAAGUGGUUGAAGGAAACUGAAAUUGCAGGCUCAGCUCUCCCUUCCCAGUCCAGACCAGCAAGGCCUUGGGGUUCUUUCCACCGUUGGCAAUGAAACUGUAAGGAAAACCGUGGUAGGUCAACAAUGGAUAGACCACACGUGGUUAAAACAAAGCUGAAUCCUAAUAUAGGCCCAAAGACAGUGAGUUAACAAGUGGCAAAUACAUGAAUGCUGGCAAAUACCUCCUGGGGACCCUGAAGACCUUGGACUUGAGAUUCUUACCUCCUGAGCAGAGUCCAGACCCCUUCGCCUGGCAGCAGCUCAGUGUCCACUCAUCAAGGGUCUGAGCGCCUCUGGAAGUGAGGUCAGCGAGGUAGAUUCCAAGAACUUUUGCGGUAACUGUGGAGACGGGGAAACCAACACUCCAUGAACAUGAGCCUCAACUCCCCGAUGUCUGCUCCUCAGUUUGAGAGCAAAAGCAGCCAUAUUUCAGCUAGAAAUGGAAGCUGUUUCCUAGUCAGACACACCCCUCAUCCCAGAAGAGUCUGCCACAUCAAAGGUUUGAAUAACAUUCCAAUCUGUAAUGUGAAUGAUGAUGAGAACGCAUUCAGAACAUGGUGCGGUGUUGGUCAGUUGAACCCCUCAGAGAAGGGUGAGACACCAUUUGCCAAAUGCAGUUACCCACCCAGCACUGUGGCCCUGGAGAGCCCUGGGAGAGGAGUCUCACCAGCCCCAAACAAGGUCCAAGUACCCCCACGGCCUCAUUCUGAGCCCUAUCGAAAAAUCGGGGAGUGCUUCAAAACUUCCAGCGAAAAUCCCUUAGUAAUUAAAAAGGAAGAAAAUAAGGUAAAAAAUCCACUGUCACCUCCAAAAGCACGCUCUACUGCGAGCUCUUGUUCUUCAGAGGGGAUGAGUACCAAGACUGACGUCAAAGAUAACACCAUUUGCAUACCAAACUACCUGGAUCAGGAGAUCAAAAUUCUGGAAAAGCUCUGUAACAUUUUACGUACUGAUUCUCUGGCAGAAGUUCUACAGUGGCUGCUUAAUGCACGUACAAAAGAAAAGGAAUGGGUCUCUGCGUUGAUUCAUGCUGAGCUGGCUGAGAUAAACUUGUUAACUCACUUAAGAAGAAACACCUCAGCAGAACGAGCAGCAAAGACUGGGAAGCCACCCAAAGUCAAAUCGCCCCCAAAUUCACCAGCAAAAUCAAAAGUCACCAGAUCUAGGGAAGGACAUCAACAGAGCAGAGUGUCAAGUCAAGGAUAUGAAGGAAAUAAGGAAGUACCAAAAGAGGCUGAGCACAAGCCUCCAUUGUUUAUAAGAAGAAAUAAGAUGAAAAUACCUGUUACAGAGUAUUUCAGCAAACCCAAGUCUCCUGCCAGGCCUAAAACUCAGGAGCAGCUAUCAACAAAACCAAUGUCAGCAAGAAGUAUACAACAAGGAUACAGUCUCUCCCCCCAAAGAGCAUUUUAUCCUCUACCAUACCAAAGGCUGGGUUGAUUCCUUCACAAACAUGAGUUUCAUUUUGUUAUAAUAUCAAAUUAUUAGAAAACUUUUUUUUGGUAGAGAGCAAUCAGUAGUGCCUCUAUAUGUGACACAUGUAAAUCACAUAAGUACCUGUAUAUAGUGCUACUAAAUAAAUAUUAAUGGGGACAACAUUUCUACUUGUAGUUAAUUUAAUGCCAU